ACUCAAUUGCGCGAAGAGGUCGCCGCCGCCGUAUUCCCAGUAAAUAAAAGAGGUCGCCGUUGUAGCUGAGACUAGCAAGCAGGGGAGAGAUAUGGGAACCGUUAAAGCCGGCAAACCCUCCAAGUCUCGGAGGAACCCUAAUAAGCUUGGCAUCAGAAAGAAGAGAAGCAGCCAUGACAGCAGUGCAAAGAAAAUCCAGAAGAAGAAGAAGAAGACGAAUAAACGGCAGCAGCAAGACAUUCCCGCUGACAUAGUCGAAGAACAACAACUACCCAACGACGACGAGGUUCCUUCCACCGCUCCCCGGCCGCUUGAUUUCUUUCUGAGCGAGUUCCAGUCGGCUAAUGGCAUUCAGCUUUCGUCUCUCGAGCUGGAAUCGAUUAACGAGGACUGCUUUAUGGAGUUAUCUGAAGAACUGCCGCAUGGUGUUGAGGCUCUAGGGAAAGGUAUGAAGGAUGCGUUCGGCAAGUCAUGGAAAGCAGAACUCUGUGACGGGAAGCUUGUGGAUGGCAAGAUUGAAGCGGGGAAUCCUGCUGUUCUUUUCAUUUCUGCGUCUGCAUUGAGAGCAAUAGAUCUUCUAAGGGGUGUGCGGUUGCUAACGAAAGAAUGCCAUGCCGCCAAGCUGUUCUCGAAGCACAUGAAAGUCGAGGAGCAGGUCACAAUCUUAAAGAGCCGUGUUAAUUUUGCUAGUGGUACACCAAGCAGGAUAAAGAAAUUGAUUGACAUUGAAGCAAUGGGGCUCUCGCGAUUGAAAGUCGUCGUGGUGGAUUUGCAACAAGAUGUGAAGGGUUAUUCCUUGCUCUCACUUCCACAAGUGAGGUCAGUCUCAGAAAACAACUGGACUGCCUUUGCCUUAUGUAGACUUGUGCUUUCUCGCUUUAUGAACUCGGUUCUCUCUCUCACUUACCUAUUCACAUCAUUUGGCAGAGAAGAGUUCUGGGAUUUGUACAAGAGCCACAUACACCCACUCCAAUACCGACUAAGUCGAAUGAUAAGAAACGAAGGCGAAAUGAAUGAACUACAGUGACAUAAUACCAGUUGGAUAUCAAUUUUGAGCAGAGUCUAAGAUAUCGAAGAGCAGCUUUAGACUCCAUACUUCAUUAAGCUCAGUGUAUGAAACUCAUGAUAUGUUCAUAUGUUGUAUGGAGGAUUUCGAUAUGACAGGUUACAACAGGAAGCAUAAUAGGCGAAGAGCACUAAAAGGGCUUUAAGCCCAAAAGAUAUAAACAAAGUUCAGGCCCAAUCCUCAUGGUUUUAGCCAUUGUUAGUCUGGGUCUGUGGGAUAUUUUAUUUCGUGUUCUUCGCACACUGUUUCGAGAAAAAGGGAAGGGAAAUUCCGCGGUAAAACUGCGGAGUUCUUCACCGGCAGUCCGGUAGGAAUUGCCGCUGGCUCUCUCGAUUGACAAAGAGAGC